GUCACCGAAUCUGACUAUGAGACUUGCACAUUGUCACCAUCGGCACGGGAACUUGGUCGAUGCAUAGCACCAAUGCGAAGGGACAAAGUGAAGGUGUCAUUCCGAUUACUCAGUCCUAAUCCGUCAGCGCUCGACUAUAGACCAGGGCACACUUAUUUCUUCAUCUGUGAGUUUUUGGAUACUGUAACUUAUUGA